CGAUUGUGAGAGCGAAGUAUCUUCAGGCCUUCAUUCAACACUGCCCACUAACUACGACAACGCCUCCAGAAGAAUGACUGUAUUCGCUCAACUCCUCCGCCGCUAUGACCACGCCUUCAACAAGCGUCCCGUGCUGACAAUGAUGCUCACAAACCUCGUCCUCGGCGGCGUGGCCGACACGACCGCGCAAACGGUCACGCACGUGCGACAGCGGCUAUUGCACACUUCGCGACCGCUGACGGCGCCACAAAAGCUCGCUUUAAACAUCGACGAAAAAAUCCUCGAGAAGCUUCCGCACGCGGGGUCGGAGCUUAUCCCGACCUCGCCCGCAUCAACCAGUUUCGAUUUCGCCCGCCUCGCGCGUUUUGCGAGCUGGGGCUUCAUCGUGGCGCCCGUCCAGUUCAAAUGGCUGCAGUUCCUGCAUCGGUCUUUCCCGCUGUCGAAAGCUCAGGGCGUGCGCCCGCUGCUGAAGCGCGUGGCGCUAGAUCAGCUGUUGUUCGCGCCAGUGGGGUUGUUGGGUUUCUUCACAUAUGUGAGUUUCGCCGAAGGCGGCGGGAUGGAGGCGCUGAAGAAGCGGUUGGACAAUGUUUAUAUCCCCGCGAUGAAAGCGAAUUAUCUCAUCUGGCCAGCAGUACAGUGGGUAAACUUCAGGUUUUUGCCGUUGAAGUUUCAGAUGCCGUUUGCGGCCACUGUGGGGGUGGCAUGGGGGGUUUAUUUGAGUUUAGCAAACUCGAGUUCGACAGUGAAGGAUUGAA